AUGGCUUCGCCAGCUGAAAUACCGCAAAUGCAAGCGGAAUUAAAAUGGGAAUUGAAGGAAAGGUUCUGGACUAGUGAUAAUGUAACCGUACACAUUUAUUACUCACAGAUUGAUCCGGUAAGGCUUUUAUUUUUAUUGUUUUUUAAUUUUAAAGUUAGGCUUAGACUUGGAGUUAAGCUUAGUUUAGGCUUAGCUUAGCUUAGACUUGAAAUUAAGCUUAGUUUAGGCUUAGCUUAGGCUUAGAGUAAGCUUAGCUUAGGCUUAUCUUGGGCUUAGUUUAGGCUUAGCUGAUGCUUAGGCUUAUUUUAGGCUUAGCGGCUUAGGCUUAGCUUAGGCUUGGCUUAGGCUUAACUUAAGCUUAGCUUAGGCUUAGCUUAGGCCUAGCUUAGACUUAGCUUAGGCUUAGCUUAGGCUUAGAGUAAGCUUAGCUUAGGCUUAUCUUAGGCUUAGUUUAGGCUUAGCUUAUGCUUAGGCUUACUUUAGGCUUAGCGGCUUAGGCUUAGCUUAGGCUUGGCUUAGGCUUAACUUAAGCUUAGCUUAGGCUUAGCUUAGGCCUAGCUUAGACUUAGCUUAGGCUUAGCUUAGGCUUAGGCUUAGCUCAGGCUUAGCUUAGGCUUAGCUUAGGCAUAGCUUAGGCUUAGCUUAUGCUUAGCUUAAGCUUAGUUUAGGCUUAGCUUAGGCUUAGCUUUCUUAAGCUUAACUCUGUUUUAUAACUUUCAUACUUUCAGAACGCCGUCUUGUACAAUAUCAAGUCCGAUACCAUCCGUGUCCUACUGAAACGCACCAACACUACCGCGUCGCUGAUCCUCAGAGAUCGAUCCAAAAACACAAUUAUCCAUUACUUGCACGCUGAAUUGUAA